UUUUAUGUAUUUAGGGAGAAGUCCUGCUGUUUUUGGCCUCUGCUCUGUGGAUUAAAAAAAGGAUGAUUUUUCUCGAAUCAUCACGUUGUUUUUGUUGCACAGGAGGAUUGCACUGUUUUGGAAUGCGCAUUAACCUCUUUUCGACAUUUCCUCCUCUGGGCUUGUCUACACCCUGCUGCAUGAGCCUGUCUGCCGCUGGGAUAUGUGGAAAUAAUGUGCUUUGAAUGUUUGUCAUCAGCCGGCCUUGGAAAAAAAAAUGAAACUCCUUUGAGAUGAAAAGCUGCACUUUUGGGGAUCACCUUUUGCUCGUGCGCGGCUCGAGCCUCAUCUUGCGCCUCAACAGCCUGUUGUUUGUGUCCGAGCAGGAACGCACAAGUUUGACGCGAGCUGGAGCCGGAGCGCGAGCCGGAGCGAGGACUGCAGCUGGUCUGAGCGGCACCACAUCAGGGCCAAAGGCGGGGGGGCAGCAGUGGGACCGACGGCGCGGCCCCGCUGUUGCGUUGUCGUGUGGUUGGACGGGGGGUCCGGCGCAGUUGUGGAGCGGGGAUGACGAAGUCGGUGGUGAUGAGGAGGAUGAUGAAUGGCUCGACAGCUCGACCAGGCACCGGGCGCUCGCCACCACUCCGUCUCCUGCUGUGCGCUCUCCUUUUUCUCCCUCCAUGCGCUCACUCGCACCCGCAGCCUUGCCAGGUGUUGAAACGGAUCGGCCACACGGUUCGGGUAGGGGCUCUGAACGUGCAGCCCCGCUUGUUGCCCACAGCUGCUGGCAGCGACUCUGGGGAAACCUCGGCGGGAGAGCAGCAGCCUUUGGAGUUAAAGAAACCUCUUAAAAUAGGUGCUAGCGCGCACGGAUUUGGAAACCUCAGGACCAGAGUCCCCGCUAACAACCAGCGGGGCGCAAACAGGAGUAAAAGCCAGGCGCGACAACGAGACGGAAACCCCCCAGAGGAGGAUCGCGUGUUCUCACCCCGGGAGUCGGUCCUGCUCGCGGUCGAGGCUCUGAACCAGGCCGGAUUGCUUCCAUACAAUUUGUCCCUGGAGCUCGUCAUGGCGGUCGGAUCCGCGCUUGGCGAGCUGCCCGCGUUCUCGCACUCCUCCGCGGGCGUCCCCGAGGACGAGGACCCGCUGUCCUUCCUGGAGAGCGUGUGUCACACGGUGGUCGUCCAGGGUGUUUCCGCCAUGGUCGCCUUCCCACGGAACCGGGACGACCUCCUUAAGUUGGAGUUCGUUACUCUUGCGCUCCAGGUGCCGGUGGUCAGCGUCGUGCAGAGGGAAUUCUCGCGCCAGAGUGAGAAUCCUCUUCAUUUCCAAAUGGCCAUGCGGACGGUGGAAGCCCCACCAUCACAUCUCCUCUACUACCUGCUGAUGAUGAAUGGCUGGUGGGACAUCAGCAUUGUGCUCUGCCAGGAGUGGAAUAUUAGCAACUUCCUUGUCCUCAUCAAGAACAACACCCGCUUCCACCUGGGCACUCUUGUCAACCUGACACAAACACCACUUCCGCCAUCUUCGUCUUCAUUAACUUCCCCAGCGGUGGCACCGGGCGCCCCUCUGGGAGCAGACGCCUUACCUUUGCCAUAUUUGAUACCCACCGCUUCAUCCUAUUCAUCCAACUUCUCCUCCAAGUCUGACCAGCAGCAAGCUCUCAUGCGACAGCUGGAGGCCCUGAAAGGUCACUCGUCCACAACGGGAGUGGUGACGUUUGGCUGUGACAUCCGCGAGGUGCGCCGAUUGUGGACACUGGCCACUCGGAUGACACUCCCAGAGUUUCACUGGGUCUUGGGGGACAGUCAGAAUGUGGCUGAGCUCAGGACRGAGGGGCUGCCUUUGGGGCUACUUGCUCACGGGGUCAUGGGAUCGCCUUCUGUGGAUCAUUACGUCCAGGACUCGCUGGAGCUUAUUACACGUGCGGUGGGCAGUGCGGCCCUGGAAAACCCCACCAUGGCACUCAUACCRGGAACCACAAACUGUCUGGACACGCAACAGAGCAACAGCAGCUCAGGGGAAUUCUUGGCAARAUUUAUGGCCAACACGUCGUUCGAGGGCCAGAGCGGCUUCAUAUCCAGGCAAAGCCUCACUCAGAACAUCGUCUCGGAGGCUCAUCAUUACAUCUGGUCCCUCCAGCUGGACCCUCUCGGUCAGCCAACCUGGACCCGCCUGGGACGCUGGCGCAGGGGGAGAGUUCUGAUGGACCAGAGGGCCUGGCCAAGUCAUCGCGGCUCCGGAGGUGCGGGCGACUGGCGCCGGUCGACACGCUUGCACAUGCGGGUGGUGACGCUGGUGGAGCACCCGUUCGUGUUUACCCGCGAGGUGGACGGGGACGGGAUGUGCCCAGCGGGCCAGCUCUGUUUGGACCCGCUCACUAACGAAACCUCAGUUCUGCAUAGACUUUUCCAGAACCUUGGAGGGCCCAAUGGAUCUGUUCCCACAGACCUGAAGAAGUGCUGCUAUGGCUACUGCAUUGACUUGUUGGAAAAGCUGGCAGAAGACAUUGGAUUUACUUUUGACCUCUACAUUGUUGGCGAUGGGAAGUAUGGUGGGUUCAAGAAUGGUCGCUGGACAGGAUUGGUGGGGGAUCUGCUGAGCGGUGCGGCCCACCUGGCGGUGACAUCAUUUAGCAUCAAUUCAGCGCGGAGUCAAGUCAUUGACUUCACAUCUCCCUUUUUUUCUACCAGCUUGGGGAUUCUGGUACGUACUCGUGACACGGCCGCGCCUAUCGGUGCCUUCAUGUGGCCCCUCCACUGGUCCAUGUGGCUGGGCAUUUUCGUCUCCCUCCACGUCACUGCCAUCUUCCUCACCCUAUAUGAAUGGCACAGCCCCUUUGGGAUGACGCCCCGCGGACGCAACCGGGACCGCGUGUUCUCCUUCUCUUCGGCACUUAAUGUGUGCUACGCCAUCCUCUUUGGGAGAACGGUGGCCAUCAAGCCCCCAAAGUGCUGGACUGGUCGUCUGCUGAUGAACCUCUGGGCCAUCUUCUGCCUCUUCUGUCUGUCCACCUACACUGCUAACCUGGCUGCUGUCAUGGUGGGGGAGAAAACCUAUGAGCAACUGUCAGGGAUACAUGAUCCGAAGUUGCACCAUCCCUCUCAGGGGUUCCGCUUUGCUACAGUGAGAGAAAGCAGCGCUGAGGACUAUGUCAAGAAGAGUUUCCCAGAGAUGCACGAGUAUAUGAGAAGAUUCAAUGUCCCAGCAACACCAGACGGCAUACAUAACCUCAAGGCUGACCCACAGAAGCUGGAUGCAUUCAUCAUGGAUAAAGCCCUGUUGGACUAUGAAGUCUCCAUAGAUGCAGACUGUAAAACACUCACAGUUGGGAAACCCUUUGCAAUAGAAGGUUAUGGCAUCGGCCUCCCUCAGAACUCUCCGCUCACCUCCAACUUCUCAGAGCUCGUUAGUCAGUACAAAUCCGAUGGCUUCAUGGACAUGCUGCAUGACAAAUGGUACAAGGUUGUGCCCUGCGGGAAGCGCAGCUUUGCUGUGACGGAGACGCUGCAGAUGGGUAUAAAGCAUUUCUCUGGUCUGUUCGUGAUGCUGUGUGUGGGCGUGGCCUUAUCUCUCCUAACCACUAUAGCGGAACAUAUUGUGUACAAGCUGGUGAUCCCACGGGUCAAGGAGCCGCGCACCCAUUACUGGCUGCACACCAGUCAGAGAUUACACCGAGCCCUCAACUCAGUCUUCAGUGAUGACAAACUAUCAUCUGUAGCCAAGCUUGAAAAAAGGUGCAACGAAGGAAACAACCAGUCAGCCUCCUGGAAUCCUACAGAAUCCUCUCAUUGCAACCGGCGACGGUUUCUUCCACAAGACGUGCAGAAUGACCUGGAACAUCCGUCCUCCCAGGAUCUUCCACCUCCACCGCCCCCUUCUCCACUCCCUCAUCCCCAUACUCUCCCACUGCUAGAAAAACACCUUCCCAAAGUGACUACCUCUAACGGCCGCUCCGACGUGUUAGGAUGGGGGCUGGGACAAGGCCUGAAGCCAGGCCAGGGAGGGUCUGGGCAGGGUGUCACACAGUGCCGAGGUCUGGGAAUGAGUGACUGUGGUUUGAGCCAGGUUGGCCAAAACCCGUUGGUCCAGGAAUUGUCCGAACUCGAGGGCCAAAUACUUGCAAUUAAGCAGCAGUUGCAAUCAGCCAUGAGGAGGAAAAGAGAGCUCGAACAGUACCAAUCAGAAAACCAGCAAACAAACCAGACUGCGUCCAAUCAGCCCACAACACACCAGUCUAACCAGUUUGUUCCAUAUACCCAAUCCCACCAGCAGACUAACCAACACACGAACACACUCCCAGACUUCUGAGGUUUGCCUCUUCCUGUUUUGUCGAGGACUCUUCUUAGACAUGGCUUCAGAAGUUGGAACACAGAUGAAACAAAGAUCCUUUUUCAGACUCAGGAGUUUCCCAUACCGUUGGACUGAACUGUUCACCGUGGAUCAGGUCCUGCUCUGUGACUUCAAUUAGGAGAUCUUCUGACCUCUUGAAUUUGAGACGUGAUUGCAGUGAAAGUGCCAGAUGAGCAUGGACUAGAGAUCUUGCCCCAGUUCUCUUCUAAAAUCUUUACUAGCUUGUGCGAGUGAAGCGCUAUGCUUCCCUUCCCUCGCCUCAACCUUAAUUUAACUCUUUUCUGAUGCCUUCUUUUUUUUAAGUUGACUUUAUUUUUUCUGCUGACUACUUCCUUUUGUCCUUAGCUUUCUCCUGAGGUAAGCCUGAUCUCUUCAGUGGUAUGAAUUUGCUUGCCGUUUUGAUGAGCUUGAUCUAUGGUCUGACAAGUCUUUGGUGUUUAAGGUUAAUGGACUUCACCUGUGUUUGGUGAGGCUCACGGUGUAAAUGAGCUGUGGUUGAACCCAGCCAGGUUAGUCUAUGUUCUUAAGUCUUGUUGAAACAUUGUUCUUUUCAGACAUACUGUACUGUUCAAAAUUGGUUGGUGUUACCACUGAUGAUGUAAAGCUUUUACCCUUUGGUAGUGCAUUAAUUUUGGCUUUGGCUAUUCUUUUUUAAUUUUUUUAAUACAAAUAUUUUGAAUGGUAAUUGGGCUGUUGUAGCAAGACACUAAUGAAAAAGAUGCCAAUAAAAGCAUUCACAAAGCACUACAGUAAAUAUGACAGAUCUUGUGGUGAACCCUAGGACAAAAACACAACCUUACUUAUGAGUCACUGUGUAAUGUGCUGCACUUUACGGAUGCACUGCUGGAUUGUUUGACAGAAAUCAUUUAGCUUGUCAGAGUUUGAGUUAUGGUCUACGGGUAUUUCAUUGUGUAUUGAAAACAACAGACAAGCUGAUGUUGUAAACAAAAAAAUCUUAUCUUGCUUGUAUUGUUGUUAAGAAACACCGAAGUACCAUUAACCUUUUGGUGAAAACCCAAAGGCAAAUAUGAAGAAUGAACUCAAAUUUCCAAGCAAAGACACAAAAGGGUUCUUCUGUGAUGAGACCUCUUUUCUUGAAACUUUCCAUUUUGGUUUGGAAAUAUUCUGUUUAUUAAAAAUGUAUCUCACCUUUU